AUGGCAAAAAUAUUAACUGAAACGGCCGUUUACGGCCAUGUGUCUUUCACCUGGGCUUUAGUACAUACAAGUGCACAUGUUCGUCAAAAAAUCGAUAAUAUUUUUCAACUUAUUUACUAUGGUUAUGCAUAUGUAUCAAAUUCAUCAGUUUAUUUUGGUACAUUAAGUUUUAAAAGGCAAUUUUUACAUGACAAAUUAAAACUCGAUCGAUUACAUAAUAUUACUGUUUUAUGUGAACGUGAAGAAGCAUUAACAACAACAAAAUUUACAAGUGAAGCAAAGAAAAAUAAAUCUGAUUUUCUUCUUUGGAAGAAAAGCGAGCCAGGUGAACUUUCUUGA